AGGAAAAUCUUCGAUUACCUCGUUUGCGAAUAGGGUCGAGGAUUCUUGAACGAUGGAAUUUUUUUUUUGAGCUGCUAUGAAAUGUUCUCGUUUUUUCUUUAAAUUUAUUCUAUUUGAUCACAAUCAACGAUGUCAUCGCAUCGAUGGAAACGUUUUUUCAUUGAGGCUGGUUUACCUUCAGAUGUAGCCGAUAAUUAUGCUAUAAUAUUCACUGAAAAUCGUAUACGAUUUGAUAUGCUUGAUGAAUUGAAUAAAGAGAUAUUGUAUGAUAUGAAAAUCAAAAAAAUGGGAGAUGUUAUUUCGAUUCUUAGACAUGCCAAAGAAGUGUAUACAAAUUCAUAUCGAGAAAAAGUUUUCAGCACCGAUGCUUGUGCUACAGAUAAAGAUAAUUCACAAGGCACUUCUAAAACGGUUCAUCAAGCUGAUUCUACAAUCACUUCGAAUGUUGUCCCAAAACAAUUAGAUUCACGUGGUACAGCUUCGACAAGAAUCGUCAAAGUUCCAAGUCCAACAAGAAUUGUAAAAAUUCCAUCAAAUCAAUCGAAUAAUGUUCAAAUUAAAAAAAGUAAUCAAACGGCAAGAACUCAAAUUCUUACCAAAACGAAUGCAGUGUUUCCGAAAAGAAAUUCAUCUCCGACAAUCAUUCGUAAUGUUACAGGAUUAAAUGCUAUUAUCCCCACACGAAAACGUAUUGAACCACCAUCCGAUGAUGAUAAUAGUGUUUCAACAUCAGCACCGAAAAUGAUCAAAACAAUAUCGAAUCCACAAAUUCAAAACAAAAUUGACACUCAAAGCCGUUUGAGAAAAUUUUCUAGCCAAAUUCAAAACGCUAUAAUAUCAAAUACUACCUCUAAGCCUUUACUACAACAGCCAAUUCAAAAUCGGCUAACCAUUCAUUCGCGAUUGGAUACCCGUAAAAAUGAUACUUUGUUCAGUAAAACCAUCCAACAACGGCCAGAUAUCAUGAUAAAAAAUUCACCAUCAACAUCAAGUAUUAAAGAUCGUCUUGGAAAGAAACCUGUAUUCGAACGAAUCGAAUCAAGAUCACAACGUUCAAUUUAUAAUAGAUUAGGAACGAAAUAAUCAUGACACUUUUUUUCUCACCCCCAUUUUAUUUGACAAUUUAUUUGAAUGUAAAAACAUGCUUAAAUUAAAUCAUCUUAUAUAAUAAGAACCACACAUAUAUUU